ACGAAGUCCAAAAUGGCGGCCGCUUCAAGUUUGGUUCGAUAUUGCAUGAGACAUCCAGCUCGUAUUCUCGUUAUAGGACUUCUUUUAGUUCUGGUGAUCGCCAGUAGAUUUCUCUACUCUUCAGUUCCAGAAGAUCAACCUAUCCAGGAACUAAAUCUUAUGGCGGGAAAUUUAGCACAACAACACCGUCUCAAAAAUAUCGACAGAAAACAGAACAGUCUUCAGAGUGAAGACAAACUUGAUACAGAUAGCCUGCGUAUUUUGCCUGUGAAAAAUGGCGAAAAAAGUGCCUCGACAUUAAAUGAUUCAAACGAUAGUCAACUCAAAGGGAAAGAAACUGAUUCAUCACAGACGUCGUUGCCGAAAUCCAAGGAAAUUAAAAUAAGAUUGCAAGAAGCUGAUGAUGAAAAAGCUGAAAACGACUUGACACUUCGCAAAAUUCCGAAUGAUGGCAUUCUGCACAAGAAUUCAGGACAGCUAUCACCGUUUGAGUUCGAAGCAAAUGUUGAAGAAGUCACCAAGAAGAAAGUAGACGUGGGAGAAAAAGCUUUACCAAGUGACCUCAACAAGUCUGGCAAAAAUACCAAACAAAAUAGUCAAGGAACCAAUGAGAACCAUGCUGUACAUAAAGGUAAAGAAAAGAAGAAUAGAAAAAAAGAUUUAAAGUCUGGUUUAUCACAACAAGAAAACAAUGUCUUGAUGACACUUGCUAAAGUUGGACAGACAAGUCAUCUAGCCAAAAGAUUCAAACGCUGUGUUCUGUCAAUAUGCAAGCAUGCAAGCAUAAAGCUGUCGUUUCACAUCAUAGCAGAUACACUUGGAAAACGCACUUGUGAGGAUACAUUCAAUGAAGCUGGCAAAGUGUGUAAGAAUGGUUUGAAUGUGACAUAUUAUGAUGUUGACAAGGUCUCCAAAAAGGUGGAGCCAAUCACAAAAGAAAUUCAGGAUUUGUUCAGUAGCAGCAGUCAUUCAUAUUACAACCAACCCUUAUUCUUUUUAUCCACUGCAAUACAUCAUGUCUUACCCCAAAGCAUGACGCGUGUCAUCUCACUGGAUUCAGACCUGCUUUUCAAGACAGACAUAAAGCAACUGUUUGCAAUUUUUGAGAACUUUAAAGCCACCACUAUUUUUGGGUUAGCAAGGGAGCAGCAGCCAGUCUACAGACAUAUUUUGCACAUGUACCGCGACAGAAAUCCCGGCACCAAAGUUGGUGAACCACCUCCAGAUGGACUCACAGGUUUUAACAGUGGUGUUAUCUUAAUAAACCUACGCAACAUGCGUGAAUCAAGGAUUUAUAACCUUCUUUUACACAACAAUGCGGUAAAGGAGAUUGCAGACAAGUACACCUUUCAGGGACAUCUUGGGGACCAAGAUUUUUACACAUUGCUCAGCUUGGAAUACUCUGCUCUUUUCUACAUUCUCCCCUGUUCAUGGAAUCGCCAGCUUUGUACAUGGUGGAAAGACCAUGGUUAUGCACAAGUUUUUCAUUCUUACUACAACUGUUCUGAGCCUAUUCAUGUUUACCAUGGAAACUGUCAAACAAAAAUGCCCGAUGAGUAAGUAAUUCAGAUCAGAGGAACAUAAGAAUCUGAUUUUCUUGUUAGACGCAAAGAUUACAGUCUGUCCAGGUGAGGACAUUUUUUCUGCGUGGCAUGACUUUUUCGUAUUACAUGAUGUUCACUCACAACGUGUUUAUCUUCAAAAGGAAAGCUUAUCGUGUCGAUUGCAUCUAAAACAACUGGUCCAAAUUUCUCCUGAUCAUAUUUUAUCUUCAGCUGAUAAACAGCAGCCAUGCUGACAGUUCUAUGGCUGACAAAAAGCGCAAUAAGCUUUCCUCCUGAAGAUAAACAUGUUGUGAAUGAACAUAAUAAUCAUAAUAGUACGAAAAAGUCAUGAUGCCACACAGAAAAAAUGUUCUCACGUGGUGCAUUUCAAUGUACUACAUGAUUGGUUUGAAACAAACUCGCAGCAUCGAAAACAUUACUCUGAAGGUGGCAAAAAAAUUGUGGGUGUCGUGGUCUACUGGGAAGAGUAGUAGUUCUAAUUUGAUGAUGAUGAUGAUGGUAACAAUGUUUUCAUAACACCAAGUAUUUAGUCCUAGGUAUCAUUUUUCUCUCUGGUCAUUGAAGAUGUCUGCCCAGCUGUCAAUCAGAUGUAAUAAUCUACCGUAAAUUGAAGCAUGUGGGUGGCUAUGUCAAGAGGGCUGCCCAAGAGUGCAGCACAUGAAGUCUUGCUAAAGUUGAAACCCGACAUCUUAAAUCUUGAGGCCUGGUAGUGACUAAUGAUUGUGCAACUCCCUUUGAAAUAUGCGAACUUGCCCAUGUUAAUAAACAUAUUACCAGUAGUGUCUAACCCAAGCUUUUAGCCAAAAUUGGAAAAGUAGGUGUCCAAAAUGUGCCAAUGGUCUACUCAAAUGCAUAAUUUAUAAAGUGACAUGUGAAAAGAUAAGACAAUUUUCUUUCAAAAGUGGGCAUCCACAGGAUGCCUGAACACCCAUCUGGUAAAAAGCCUGAUCCAUCCCAUACGUUCUUUUGGUUGCUUGUGAAUAUGUGAUGAGCAAAGAGAAUAUCAGCGUAGGAGGCUGCGAAACUAUCAAGCUCAUUCUAAGGAUAUCUCUUCCUCUCUCCCCCAAGCGCAAAAAGAGACAGUGACAAAAGAUUCAUUGGGAAGGAUCUCUCCUGAUGAUUUUGUUUUGUCAGCAAGACACAUGACUUGCCCUGACCAGGGUGUGUCUGUCCCACUAUUGGCUGCAGAAAGAAGAGAUGCCCGAAGAAAGAGGAAACUAUAGGAGCAGGUGGAUUGGUUGUCACUUGCAUAGCAUUUCCAUUUCUCAAUAGAGUGGUUUUCAAUUGAGUGUCGUAAAAACAAAACCAGAGUAAUUACCCUACCCAAUCACAAAGGACACAGACAAUACAGUAAGCAAAUCAAAACUCAAAGUAAUUAAGGUAGCUGACGCAAAGCACGGGAAAAUGCAUUCAAAUGCAUCACAAUUGGUUUUGGUUGUACUUCUGAUUGGAU